AUGGCUUUUACCGAUUCUGGGUUCGGAAAUCCCCAGGGUUCCUCAUCAACCUCCAUCUUCAGUAGCUUUGGUGGGUCUUCAUGUGCGGGUGGUUUCAGGUAUGAUAUUCGUGUGGAAUCGCUUAGUUGUGUCGUCAAGUCUCGGUUAGCUAAAAUCAUGUGUCAGCUUUCAAUAGCAUUUUGGAGGUGCAGUCAGCUGUUCAAUUGGAUUGACAUUCGACAUGGUUAUCAAACUAGACAUUCUGGUGUUCAUACGCUUACUAAGUACCACAUAUUUUGGAAUACUGUGAUCAAAGUUAAUCAGCGUCAACACUGA